AUGACAAAAAGAUCUAUUGAGGAAAUGGAAGAGCAUGAAGCAUCGCUUAAGAACAAUCUGGAAAAUAUUAAGGUGGAACUUCCCAAAGAUUUCCAAGACAGACACGUCGAAGUGUUCAAUACCGCAUGCAAGCUCAUUUUGAAGCAGGAUCCUUCUUUAUUAAAUAUUAUUGUUGCUAACGAUUCACCGUUAUAUUUGAAAACUAACUCUGGGGAAAGGACCUUGCAGGAUCAUUUUAUAAAAUUGGCGUCUGCAGUUAUAUCACAGCAGAUUAGCGGUAGCGCAUCCAAGAGUAUUAAAAAGAGGUUUAUUGAAUUAUAUGAUGAUGUAUUUCCAACCUACACUAGAUUAUAUGAGGAUAUGAAAAAUCCUGAGAAGCAAAAGGCAAUUAUCGGAUGUGGUGUCAGCCGUAGAAAAGUUUCUUAUAUGGAAUCAUUGGCUACUUACUUCGCCGAGAAUGAAGAAAAGAUAAGGGAGCUUUUCCAAAGAGAAGAUAAUGAUGAGGAAGUCAUAGAGGAUUUGGUAAGUAAUAUUAAGGGGAUUGGCCCCUGGACAGCAAAAAUGUUUCUAAUUACUAGUCUUCGAAGAAUUGAUGUCUUUGCUCCAGAAGAUGUCGGGAUCGCUAGAGGUUGUUCUAGAUAUUUAUCUGAUAAACCUGACUUGGUUAAAAAAUUAAUGUCUGAUAGGAAAGCAAUUAAAAAAAGUAAAAUUAAACAUAAGAAACUAAAGUGGAAAAUUUAUGAUGAAGAUAUAAUAGAAUUGUGUGCUGAACAAUUUACUCCAUAUCGUUCCAUCUUUAUGUUCAUAUUGUGGAGAUUAUCCAGUACCGAUGUUAAUGCUAUGAUUAAAACAGAGAAGGAUUUUGUAAGGGGAUGA